AUGGAGUCCACUUUGACGCAGUUAGAUGAUGCACCAAUGAUCUUUUGCGAGCGCUGUAACAAUCUGCUCUAUCCAGAGAGUGGCAAGGAGGACAGGGUUAUGCGAUGGCGCUGUAACUACUGCAAAACGUCUGAGAUACACGACGAAAAUAAACUCGUAUACAUUUUAAACCUGAAGGUUAAGACGAGUACUGUAGAAGAACUGGAACUGUUGGCCGAGUUUGCGAAUGAUCCCACGGCUCAGCGUGACACCACGAAGCAGUGCCCUCGAUGUGCGAUGAACGAAGUCACAUGCUUCGUGAACCCCCUUGGACAGCCUCAUGAGGAUAUGACACUCUACUUCGCCUGCGCCAAUCAGGGGUGCCGUCACGUAUGGAAGAGCAGCGACCAUCAAGACAAUUAA